CAUUUUCCUGACGGCUGUGCUAAUGCUAAAUUCGUAUUACAACUUCCGUGAUAUUUUUUUUUUUUGCUGUGAUAUUCUAAGUUUUUGGAUUAAAAUUUCUUUGCCAGGCCUCUAAAUGCUUCCAAGCACGGCAGGAUUUGGAUAACUGUUUCCCUCGGACGUCUGCAGAAUUCAGAGAUCAGGCUCGACGGCCUGAGAAGGCCAAAAAUGGUCUUCUUCAACGGUUCUGUGAAAAUAAAAAUAUGUGAGGCGGUGGAUCUGAAACCCACAGACUUCGCGACGAGGCAUCUUUCCACGAAAGAAAGGACCUCUCAGAUGAUUGAGCCGUAUGUCAACAUAGACGUCGACGAAGUGUACGUCGCCAAGACGACCACCAAGCCCAAGAGCGUGAAGCCGCAGUGGAUAUGGAACGAGGAUUUCACUUCGGAAGUUCACAAUGGACAGACAGUAAAUUUGACCGUUUUUCACGACGCUGCUAUUCCCCCGGAUGAAUUUGUGGCUAACUGUAGUAUUUCUUUUGAUGACGUGAAAGGGAAAUCAGAUUUUUGGGUUGAUUUGGAACCCAAUGGAAAGCUUCACAUUAUUAUCGAACUUUGCGGCUCCGCUUCUGAAGCUGCGGAAACGCCGAAAGAAAAAGUGUUCAAAGAGAAGGAAGGAAUGCUCAACAGGAGGCGAGGUGCCAUGCGAAGGCGUGUGCAUCAAGUCAAUGGGCACAAGUUUAUGGCCAUGUUUUUCAGACAGCCAACUUUCUGCUCACUCUGUCGAGACUUCAUCUGGGGCCUUGGCAAACAGGGUUAUCAGUGUCAAGUCUGUACCUGUGUUGUUCACAAGCGAUGCCAUCAACAUAUAGUUACAAAAUGCCCUGGUUCCAGGGAUGGUCCAGCAGAUGAGGUGACUGGAACAAGGUUUAAUAUAAAUGUCCCACACAGAUUUAAUGUUCAUAAUUAUAGGAGGCCAACAUUUUGUGAUCACUGUGGAUCACUUUUAUAUGGAUUAGUAAGGCAGGGAUUACAGUGUGAUGUAUGUAAGAUGAAUAUUCACAAACGAUGCCAGAAAAAUGUUGCCAACAACUGUGGAACAAAUACAAGGGACAUGGCUCAGAUCUUGUCUGAGAUGGGCAUAUCAGGUGACAAGCUUAGGCCCAAGCCCCAGAAAAAGAUGUCAAUAAGUGAGUCCCCAAAUAAAAAUACCCCAAUGCAUGAGAGAUCUUUUUCAUCCCCCAUACCUGUGAUACAAGAUCCAGAUGAAGCAAACUCUGGAGAGGAAGGUGUAAUAGGCAAUACUACUACCAAUGAACACCCAGGGUCGAGAACACGUAGUCCUUCUGGGGACAGGUCUCGAUCUCAGCACAGUCGAAUAAGUCUAAAUGACUUUAACUUUAUCAAAGUUUUAGGAAAAGGAAGUUUUGGAAAGGUGAUGUUGGCUGAACGGAAAGGAUCUGAUGAGGUGUAUGCUGUAAAGGUUUUAAAGAAAGAUGUUAUUAUACAAGAUGAUGAUGUAGAGUGUACAAUGACUGAGAAAAGAAUACUUGCACUUUCUGCCAAGCACCCAUUUUUAACAGCACUGCAUUCAUCUUUUCAAACUAAGGAACGUUUAUUUUUUGUAAUGGAAUAUGUCAAUGGUGGUGAUCUCAUGUUUCAAAUUCAGAGGGCUCGAAAAUUUGAUGAGCCUCGAGCAAGAUUUUAUGCCGCAGAGGUGACAUUAGCACUUAUGUUUCUUCAUAGGCAUGGUAUUAUAUACAGAGAUUUAAAGCUAGACAACAUUUUAUUAGAUGCAGAAGGGCAUUGUAAGAUAGCUGAUUUUGGUAUGUGCAAAGAAGGAAUGACAGAAGGAAAAUUUACUCAAACUUUUUGUGGUACACCAGACUAUAUAGCACCAGAGAUUUUACAAGAGCUUGAAUAUGACGCUAGUGUGGACUGGUGGGCAUUAGGUGUACUUAUGUAUGAAAUGAUGGCUGGACAGCCUCCAUUUGAGGCAGACAAUGAAGAUGAUCUAUUUGAAUCUAUCCUUCAUGAUGAUGUACUAUAUCCUGUCUGGCUUAGCAAGGAGGCAGUUUCUAUACUCAAGGGGUUCAUGACAAAGAAUCCUUCCAGGCGACUCGGCUGUGUUACUUCUCAAGGAGGCGAAAAAGCCAUCCUUAAUCACCCAUUUUUCCAUGAAAAAAUUGAUUGGGAAGCAUUAGAACAACGUAAAGUUAAACCCCCUUUCAAGCCAAAAAUUAAAAACAAAACUGAUGCCAACAACUUUGAUCGCGAUUUCACUUCAGAAGAUCCAGUCUUAACGCCAGUAGAUCCAGCAGUCAUCAAAACUAUCAAUCAAGAUGAAUUCCGAGGUUUCUCGUUUGUGAAUCCUGAGUAUGGCAAGCUGGAAAUGGAGGCCAGUGGUCAAAGCCACUGACCAAGCUAGAUAGGCUGUCACAGCCAUGCUCAUUUGUUUGGACCAUGACUUGCUUGUGGCUGUGUUUUUUUUUAAUUAACCUUUUCAAUUCAUGGAUGGAGUAUUUUCUGUGUUAAUUGUGAAUUCACAAUUUGGUAUGAUUCUUUGAUGAGUAGCCUCCUUUAAAAGGACAGUGAUUUUUUUUUUUUUUUUUUUUACAAUUUUUUCUGACUGUUCUUUUUACAAUUUUUUUGUUUUGAUUUGUAUGUUGGCUAUGAUAAUUCUUAGGUCCACACUCAAUAUAGUUUUGUUGCAUUUAUUGGAAAAAAAAUCAUCCAAUCUUCUUGCACUAUAUGUCCCAUCAUUCACUUUUCAAGUAGUCUGUAGUUUUAUUUGCAUCCAAUCACAGUGAAGUCAUUUAUGUAUUCAUCCAUCCUGAUAAGUGUAUGUAUUUUAUUGUGUGUAUGCACUUGUUGCUGCAGUUAUACCUGAUUAUAUACAUUCAUGUAUAUACAAAUGUGUGUGUCUGUUUUGAUGUAAAGCCUGGAAUGGGUGUUCUUUGUAGCAAUCUUUUUUUUGUUUUGUUUUUAGAUAUUUUUUAAUUCAGUCUUUAACACUGUAAGUAUAUUUAAAGUAAUUGUUGUGAAUGACAAACAAAUUUGGUUUCUAUUAUUCAAAGUUCAAUGUUUCCAAAUGUAUAAGGUUUACAUGGUGUAGUUUUUACUUUCUCUAUGUGAUCCCUAACAUUGGUUUUAAGUUUUCAGAGUAACACCUUGAUAUUUCUGUGUUUAUAGGGAAGAAUCUCAAGAAGUUUCUCUUUCUCUCUCUCUCUUUUAAAGAAUCACUUUUGAUAUGGGAAUGAAACCUAAUUUCAUUAGAUCCAUUUAUAAGGUACAUAUUUUUGUGCUAAUGUUUGAAUUUCUUGACAUUUUAGCUACAAGUUAUCUGCAGCUUAAAAUUACCAAGUAAUUCAUGUACAUUGACAUUUUUUAUUUGAUAAUUUCAUUAGAAGUCCUAACACUAUUAGAGUUUCUCCAGUAUAGAAAUGUUCAAUGAUUUUAUUUAAUUGAUAGAUAGUAUUUAUAAAUGUCACCAACCUGGUAUUAUUUUCAAUUGUCUGUGUGUUUUGUUCAGUAAUAAGCUUCAAAGGCAUAAUAAUAAUAUGACCUGUUUUUACAUAGUGUGCUAAUUCAGUCCCUAGAUGAUGUACCAUUGCCAGUGCAAGAUGGAGAGGUAUUAGCUAAUAAUAAGAUAUUAAAUGAUGUGAUUGCAUCAAGUUUUUCAGUGAUUGAGAUACGUUUGUAAAAUCUCCAAUGGAAUAAAAUUGUUUACAAACUGGUAGGAAUACAACUUUACAUAUUUUUGUCUCAUUAGCUGUGAAUGCUUAUUAAGCUUGUGCAUCCAAUGAAACCCGGUGAUUGGCUUUAUGUGGGCUGGGAGGCAGCUUCCUAGUUCAGAUUCAGGUUUGGACAUUCAUGUUCCUCUAAUAGUUAUGACACAACUAUUUUAAGCAGACAAAUAAUAAUUUCUUUUGUUCUUCUUAAUGAAUCUCUCCUUACAUUUUAUUCUGAAAAAUAUCUUAUUCAAUUUUAUUAAUUUCAGGUUUGUUUGUUUUUUUUUCCUUUUGCAACAUUAGUGUCUAAAAUUAUCCCUGAAUGUUAUUUAGUAACUUAAUUAAUUUACUGCACAUUUUUCAAGAUCUUAGAAAAAUAAAAAAAAUUUUGGUAAUUAAUUUUUCUUAAUCAUUGCAAGUGGGCCUUGUUAAAACAUCUUGGAUGUAAUGAUUAUUCAAAGCUUUCAGUAUUGUUAAUAUUGUAAAUUGUAAGAAAUAAUGAGUCAGUUUAAUAUUUGUUGCUGGAUAGAUAGUCCUUUAUAUUUAUAAUUUUUAGUUUAAAAAAUAGUCAUUAUUGGUAAACUUUCAGAUAUUAGUUCUAGAAAAAAGGAAAGUUGGUGUUUUCAGAAUGAUAAUUCAAAUGGAAUAAUUUAUAGUAUGUUAAUAGCAGGAAGUAAUUAUCCUUAACAUAAUACUCAUAACCUCUAGUUUAAUUGUCUGCAUGUGUUAGCAGAUAAUAAAACAUAAGAAUAAUAAUUUUCAAUCAAGCAAAGCUGCUUGCCAUACAUAUCUAACUUUUGGAAAGUUAAUAGAUUUGUCAGUGAUUUUGUUUAAUGACUGCUUAUUUCUGGUCAACACCAAAUACCUAACAUUAUCUAGCUUGAGAAACAGAUUAACUAGAUUUGUUAUGAUGUGUAAUGAUAUUGGAGUAGUUUCAUUAUCGUGUGUCCAAUGUUUAGUUGGAUUAUCAGACAUGUACAAUAGAGGACUUGCUUAAUUAUGUGUAACUAACAACUAGCUUCAUCUUGAUGCAAACAGAUAAUGACUAGCUUCAUGAUAAUGAUCAUGUGUACAACUAAUGACUAGCUUCAUGAUAAUGAUCAUGUGUACAACUAAUGACUAGCUUCAUGAUAAUGAUCAUGUGUACAACUAAUGACUAGCUUUAUUAUUUACAGCACUAUCAUUAAAAUGUACAACUAAUGACUACUGAUAUGCAUAAUGCUCUAUUAGAAACUUGAAAUUCUUCAUACACAAGAAUAUAAAAGAAAGCCUUUAAGACUGAUAAUAUAGUUUGUUACAGAAGUAUUCAUAACCCAAACAUCAUAAUUAGAGAUUAUUUAUCAUAAUUUGUUUUUAUUUUUAAGUUAAAUCAAGUCCAAAUUUUAAGUUCUUUGAUAUUUUUGAAACUGUACAUUCUAUUUGUACACAAUUGUGCUUAAUGUUUGCUCAAAACCUUGUUUCUCUUUGUAUUCCUAGCUUUCCUCUUCAUCUGAAUGUAAACAAAUGUACAGGUUGGCAAUGCUGAUCAGAAAACUAAAACCUAGAACUGUGUUCACACUAAUCAAUGUGCAAUAAGAGAGCCUGAAGUAGGAGCAUGGUUGACAACUUUGCCUGACUAAUGUGUUGUACUAGACUGUUUGUAUCAGUACUGACACCUCAUUACCUUUUUUGGUUCUAGUCUUUUUGUGUAUUUCCAUCAUCUUUGAUUUUUUUUUUUUUUUUUUUAUUGUUUAUAAAUCAUAGUAAAUUGCUUACUAAGAAAUAGUUGUUUCAUUUGACAUACAAAAAAAAAACAAAACAAAUAAUUUGUUAGUUUUUCUUGCUUCAUACAGCUACUUUAAAAAUAUUUAUAUCUACAUAUUUACAUAUAUAUAUUAUAUAUAUAUAUAUAUAUAUAGUGCAGCAUCUGAAUGGAUUAAAUUAAUGUAUCAGGGACUGUUCAGUCAUCAGGCCAAUGCCAAUCUACUUAGACAUUUGUAUGACAAUGUGACUUGACUGUGAUAUAUCUUAAUUUUACUAUUUUCAAUCUUUGCUCCAGAACUUGCAACCCUCAAUUAUUUUUUUUCCCUCAAGCUCAAUCCCUCAUUUUCAAGAAAUAAACAACUAUACUUUUACAAAAACAUAAUUUGUUAGUUGUUUUUUUUUUUGUUUAAAUCUUUUAAUGAGCAUGUAAAAAUACUUUUUUUUUUUUCAAACUCCACGUUUGGUUUAGUGUUUGUUUGGGUUUUUUUGUUGUUUUUUUUUUUAUUUCUUGUUUGUGAAUGUACACUUUAAAAAAAAAAAUUUCUAACUUUUCACUACAAAAAUCUUUUCAACAAAACACCUGUUUUUCUAUACAUAUCAAAAUUUUAAGCAUUUUUUUAAUCUUCUCUUUCAAAAUGUCAUUUUUAGAAUUGUACUGUAGCUUUCUCAUUUUUUAACAAUCACUUCCUGUCAAGGAAGUAUAGUGUAAUCUUAUUUUUUAUUUCGUCUUAGCAUUGGACUUGAUUCUUAAUUAUGUGAUAAUAUUAAGUUGUGUAAAUAAUCAUGGGAUUUUUGUUUACAUAUACUAGGAGAAAAAAAAAAUCAUCUAUUAAGUAAAAAAAAAUGUAUUUAUUGAUUUCAUUACUGACAUGUAUACAUAUACUCCUCUCUAUUAUUACCUAAUCUUUUUUUUUUUUUUUUGUGUAGAUUUCCAAAUGUAUUUUAUUUGUAGUAAAAUACAUUCUUAUGGAGAAACAGAGCUUUAAAAAACAAUGAUUUUUGCUUGGUGCAUUGCUGAGCAAUCUUGUGUGAACAAAUAAUUAUUUUACUAGCAGUUUUUGUUUUUUUCAAUGUCAAUAAAGUCAAUAUUUGAAUACAACAGCUGUUUGUUGCUGGCAUAUUUAUAGUUGUUUUGAAAGCAAAUGACACAUUUACUGACCUUUUCAGCUUGAAUGUCAUUGGAAUUGUUUUCCCUUGAUAGAGUUGAAAACUCAGCACCUAGUUUAUUAUUAUUAUAUGUAUGAGUGUUUUUUGUGUACAUUUGAUCAUUAGGGCCAAACUGUUGUUGAUCAAAAUAUUUAUAGUUCUUCAUUUUCCUCUGUUUUUUUUUUAGUACAUCCUAUCAUUAGAAUAAUUUGUUUACCAUUCCCUAUGAAUUGUUUUAGAGUACCUUCAGAUUUCUCUUUGAAUACCAUGCUCUCUUUCUGUCAGUUCUCUUUUUGACCAUGUGGAUAAAAUACGCACAAGGCUUAGCAAGAUGAAAGUUUGCAUCAUUUGACUUGCUCUCAUUGCAUUUUGUGUUUUUUUGUUUUGUUUCCUCUCGAAAUACCCCUCCUUUACAUCUCAAAAAAAAAAUAAUAAUAAAAUUUGAACAAACAAAAUAAGGACAUCUGUCAGGCCACUAAGCUUUUUUUAAAAAAACAAAAAACAAAUUAAAUUGCACCAUGCUUAUGACUUAAUGUAUUCUACACAAACUUGUAAGUGUGAUACUUUGUGGCAUCGUACACUGAUUGUGAAGAGUUCAACUUGUGUCCGCUUGACUUCCAUAUUAUUGUAUUGUUUUUAUGUAUGCAAAAAAAAAAUGGUAAUUUCCUGACAUACAAAUUUAGAGGUAUACAUCUUUCACUACAAGCUCCAGAUUAGUUAUAAGUUUUAGUUGUUGUUUUUUCUCUCUUGAAUUUGUUUUUGAAAUGCUAAUCUGCCUACUCUUAGAUCUACACUAAUCAUUUCAAUAUAUUUGUAUGCUCUAUUCAUUAAUACACCUCUGAAAACUACAAAUAUUACCACAAUAUAUUUUUCUAUGAAUGAACAUUGUAAUUUAGAUAUUUAGAUUGUUUUCCUUAAUUUAUGUAUUUUAAAGUUGACUGUAAUUUAGGCCAUAUUUUUUCUCAAGCUUUUUUUUUUUCUAAAUAGAAUGUUUGCAGAUUUGUAACAGCAUGUCCUUAGCUUUCAUUCAGUUGUAUAAUGAAAAACGAAGAAGAAAAAAAUUUAAAUAUUUACAUCCAUGUGAUGAAAAUACUGAGAAUAUUUGGUUGAUUUAAAGUUGCAUUUUUUUUUUAUAUACUACGGAAUUGGUUUUAAAAUUGUUGUUGGUAAUUUUUUUUUAAUGUUAUGAAAAGCCCUAAUAGUAAUUUUCAGCUUUAAAGUAAUAAAAAUUGUCAAAUAUCCUAUCCAUGUUACAAAAACCAAGUUUUUUUUUUUAAAUGAAUUAACAUUUGAAAUCAUCAAAAUUAUAUUUGGUGUAUGCAUAUAGGAAACGAUUGGUAGGCAGGCACCUUUAAAGCUAAUAAUGUUUCAUAUUUACUAGUCCUUGUAAUGAUUGUUUUUUGAUUAGUUGACAAGAAACAUUCAUAAGUACUAGUAUUGUCUCUAAGGUUGUCUCAGUGGUUAGUGUUUGUUAGUGUUUCAACAUGUAGGCAACAUAAGAACAAAGUUAUAAUUUGCAUGCUUGUUACACACUUUUUUUUUUUUAAUAAAAGAAAAGAAACUGUACAUUUUUAUGGUAUUAGAAAUAAAUUAGCAAUUUAAUUUGACUUAUUUGUUAAAUUGAAGUUGAUUUGAUAUUGUAUAUUUUAAUGUUGAUUAAAAAUUAGAACUUUUUGUGGAUAUUUUCAGUGCCAUUAAUAUUUGUAUUUACAUGUUUAUAUUUUAUUAUUACUUUUAAUAUAUUUUUUGUUCAGCAUUUUUAUUAAGUGUAGAAACCACAUUAAAAAAAAAAAAAAUAGGAUACUAAAUGGAAACCACAAGAGUUGAACUCAUUUUUCCAAUUUUUAAAAUAUGAUUCAAUCACAUUUACAAAAUGAGGAUUCUCUUUUAAAUUUAUUCUUUAAAGAAUUAUGACAGAAAACACUAUGCUUUAAAAUUACAGUUUAAUGAAGAUUGACUCUUGCUUUUUUACAUAUAAUUUUUAAAUAACAGUGGCUGAUAGACAAGUACAGUUGAAUAGCCUCUACAUCCCCAUAAACUUGGCCUGAUGUUCACUUUGAAAUGUUCACCUCUCCUCCUCUCUUCAGCACUCCAUGGAUGGUUGAGUGUCUUAACAUUGUGUGUUUUCAUGUAACCACACUUUCCCACCACACAUGCCAGUAGGGAAAACAACUGAUUUGAUUGGUUCGCUUUAUGAUCUCGUCAGUAAUUUGCACAUGUGCGUGCGCAUAUGAAAGUAAAUGUAUGUGUUUUUUUUUGUAUUGUUUUCAACAUUACUAUUGUUAUUACUAUUAUUCAAACUUAUGAUUCAAUUAUUUAUUUUUGAUUGUUAACACAUCUAGAAAGGAAUUUGAGCAUUUUGAUGUUUUACCAUCCAAUAAAUCCUUUUCAAAAAAAUCUAAACAAAAUAUUUUGCCAAUUUUUACCAAUUUUUCUUUUUGGCCAUUUUUUUCUUGUAUGUUCAUGACACCUAAGAGCAAUAUUGUUUGUUUUGUUGGCAGUGUAUUGUUGUAUUCUGACAGUGUGCUGUUCUUUAGACUGUUCUUUAGUUGGCAGUGUAUUGUAUUCUGACAGUGUGCUGUUCUUUAGACUGUUCUUUUGUUGGCAGUGUAUUGUUGUAUUCUGACAGUGUGCUGUUCUUAAGACUGUUCUUUUGUUGACAGUGUACUGAUGUAGCAAGAAAGUUGACUGUUAACAGUGUGUUGUCAUUUGCAGACAGUGCAUUGCUGUUAACAUAGUAAUCUUUGUUGGCAGACUUUGUACUGUUGUUGACAGACAUUUCUAAAUAAGUUGGCAGACAGCGUACUGUUGGUCAGGUGGUUCUGGACAAGCUAGAGCAAUUGAUCAGUAUUUCUAUGUGUAGUUCAUUCAAUAAACAAUACUUGUUCA